GUAGCCACUAAGCUCCAGUAUCUUAGCUGGACGCCUCCUCUGCCUCUCUCAAAAACCCCAAUCUCUCCCUUUUCCCCCUUUCCCUUUUCACUCAGCUCUCAUCUGAGCUCCGAGAGGAAGAAACAGAGAGAGCAAAGACGGAGUCUUUUUCACGUUCUCACACAAUGCCCAUUCCUUCCUCCUUCGUCUUCGUCUUCCUAUUCCUCUGCCUCCUCCACCGCCGCUCCACCGCUUUCCCCGUCCGCCGCAUUCUCCACCAGCCCUUCUUCCCGCUCGACACCCUCCCACCCGCACCAUCCCCUUCAUCCCUCCCUCCACCACCGCCUCCCCCUUCGCCGCCGGCGAAACUCCCUUUCUCCAACACCGGAACCCCAACCGCCACAAAUCCCGCCUCCCCAUUCUUCCCGACCUACCCUUCCCCGCCUCCACCGCCGUCCCCCUCCACAUUCGCUUCCUUCCCGGCCAACAUCUCGUCACUGAUCCUCCCUGAAUCCCCUUCUUCAAAACCCCCUUCUUCCUCCCACAAACUACUCGCUCUCUCCCUCUCCUUCCUCGCCGCCGCUGUUAUCGUCUCCGCCGUUCUCGCCUUCUACUUCUGCCGCCGCCGGAGGAGUGCCAACGAACCACCUCCCGGUCACGAUGCCAAAACCCAUGCCUCAUCCGACCGCCACAGCAGCAGCCGGUUCUAUGCCGUGAAUCCGGAUCGGGGCUCCGGAUCCAGGCACAAGCUCCGCCCCACGAAUACCAGCUCGGAGUUUCUGUAUCUCGGGACGCUUGUGAAUUCCCAUGGAAUUGGGGAUGGUGGCGGGUCGAAUCCUGCUGCUGCCGUUGAUUCUCCGGUCGUGGGGAAGAUGGAUUCGCCGGAGCUCCGGCCGCUCCCGCCGCUGAAUCGGCAGAAUCCGGAUGGUUUUGGGUCCCCUGAGGAUGAUGAAGAAGAGGAGUUUUAUUCUCCCAGAGGGUCGUUGGGCGGCGGAGGGAGGGAUAGUUCGGUCGGGGCCGGAUCCGGGUCGAGUAGGAUGUUUCGGGAUAUGGGUGGGCCGGGUCCGGAUUUUGGAGAAGGGGGAACUACUGAUUCGACUUCUUGUUCUUCCGAUUCGUCGUCUGGAUCUCCGGCGAGGUCUCAGUCGGUUAGCAUUUCUCCUCCCGCGAGUUUGUCCCCCCGGAAUAAGAGCAAGACGUCCCCUGAAUCCGCUCGGGUCGUUUAUCCGGGUCCGGGUCCUGCUCCUGCUCCGCCGUGCCCGCCGAUGCCACCACGGCGGAAUGAGAACGAGUUGUUGUCGUCUGUUUCGCCGUCGCCGUCGUUCUCUGCUUCGUCUUCGCCGAGGAUUUCUUUCGAUAUCGAGCAAAUGAAGCGAAUCUCGCCGGAUCGGAAUCUGAGGUCGCCGUCCUUGUCUCCGGCCAGGAUUCUGAAUAAGAAUCAGCAGGGGAAGCUUUCUUCUUUAGCUUCCCCUGUUUCUUCCACAUCGGCUGCUUCUUCGCCCAAGCUCUGGAACGCUCUGAAUCAAAAUGUGCGGUCACUGUCGGUUUGUUCGUCUUCCGCUGCUUCUUCAACUGGGUCACCGGACAGAGUUUCGUCUUCGUCGGAGAAAUCUCAAUCUCCCCGUAUGUCCAAUGAUUUGGAUCCUAAUAACGCCCAGCCAUCGUCGUUGCUUUCCUCUGCUUGGACUUCCCCUGAAAGACGUCCACUUUCCUCUCCGUCCGCUAUGCCCGUUAAAAUGUCGCCGUCAAUCUCCUUAGCUUCUUCAUCGCCGGGUUUCGAGAAGAGCCCUAAUCGGUCUCCGGCCGUUGCAUUGAACGUCUCCGGGCUGAAUGUUAUGAUGAGUUCUGUUCUUGGUCAGCAGCCAGUUUCAGCUUCCCCACCGCCGCCGCCCCCUCCUCCGCCACCACUACCGCCGAGGCAGAUGGACUUUUCUCCGGUAGCAUCGACACCAGCAGGCAAGUUUAAUUCCACGUCGGCGGGUGCCCCACCGCUGCUUAUACCGCCGUCCAGGCCGUUUGUGCUGCAAACGCCGCCGACGAAAGUAUCUCCGAUUCAACUGCCGCCGAAUUCUGAAGCAGAGGAUUACUUCGAAGAGGCUUCGAAGCUGAAGUUGAAGCCUCUACAUUGGGAUAAAGUUCGAGCUAGCUCCGAUCGCGAAAUGGUUUGGGAUCAAAUUCGGUCCAGCUCGUUCAAAUUGAAUGAGGAGAAGAUAGAGGAACUGUUUGUCGCAAAUGCCCCCAGACCAAAGCCAUCACCAGGAACUCCAACUCCAUUCAAUCUAUUUGGAAAUCAGGAAAAUAGGGUUCUUGAUCCUAAAAGGGCACAGAACAUUGCAAUCUUGCUGAGAGCUUUGAAUGUCACCAUAGAGGAAGUUUGUGAAGCUCUCUUAGAAGGUAAUUCUGAUACACUUGGAACUGAGCUGCUAGAGAGCUUAAUGAAGAUGGCGCCAAGUAAGGAAGAGGAGCGAAAGCUGAAAGAGUAUAAAGAUGAUUCACCUGUGAAGCUUGGUCAUGCGGAGAAAUUCCUCAAGGCAGUCAUCGAUGUACCUUUUGCCUUCAAACGAGUCGAUGCAAUGCUGUACAUGGCCAACUUUGAUUCCGAGAUUGAGUAUCUCAGAAAGUCCUUUGAAACUCUCGAGGCAGCAUGUGAAGAGCUGAGGAGCAGCAGGAUGUUCCUGAAGCUUCUGGAAGCCGUACUGAAGACAGGUAACCGCAUGAAUGUUGGGACAAACCGUGGCGAUGCUCGUGCUUUCAAGCUUGACACGCUCCUCAAGUUGGCCGAUGUCAAGGGCGCAGAUGGCAAGACUACUUUGCUUCAUUUCGUCGUACAGGAGAUUAUAAGAACUGAGGGAGCUCGUCUUUCCUUGGGGGGAUCCACGAAUGCCGCCACCUCAUCAUGUGAAGAGGUCAAGUGUAGGAAACUUGGGUUGGAAGUCGUGUCAAGUUUAAGCUCUGAGUUGAGCAAUGUGAAAAAAUCCGCUGCUAUGGACUCAGAUGUGCUCAGCAGUGAAGUCGCCAAGCUUUCUGUAGGCAUCGAGAAGAUAACCGAGGUAGUGCAGUUGAAUGAAAGAUUAGGGUUGAGUGGAAGUGGGAAGAAGUUCUCAGAGUCGAUGAAUAAGUUCUUGGAAAUGUCCGAGGGGGAGAUCAUAAAGAUUCAGGCGCAAGAGAGUGUUGCAUUAUCAUUGGUUAAGGAGAUUACCGAGUAUUUCCAUGGGAAUUCAGCAAAGGAAGAAGCUCACCCUUUCAGGAUCUUCAUGGUUGUGAGGGACUUUAUCUCUGUUCUCGAUCGGGUUUGCAAGGAAGUUGGCAUGAUAAACGAACGCACGAUUGUUAGCUCGUCGGUUUAUAAGUUCCCUGUUCCGGUGAAUCCCAUGCUUGCUCAGGCGCAAUGCAGUUCAUUUUCCGAUGAAGAAGGUGCAUUGCCAUAAGGAAGGAUGAUCUGCUGGGUUUUCUGUAACUCUUCUGCCCCCAGUUUCUGUACAAAUCGGCAAAGAGAGAUUUUUGUAAUUUGCUGGCUUAUUUGAUCUGUGUAGAUUAGUAUAUAUAGAAAGAUUAUUUCUUUUAGCUGGAAAUGGUCGUAUGAUGAUGGGUAAUGUAUGAUCCCGUGCAGACUUAUGAUUCGGGAUUUGGUCUCUAGUUAUAGAAACUGCAAGUUAAGAAACAAUCAGAACUUUAAUACUAAUGUAGAAUAAGAAUAUCAACUGUAA